CGAGUCCCCUUGUCUAAGGUAGUCUGAGUGGAGAAAGUAAUGAAGAUGGAAGGGGCUGAUGUAGAUGAAUUAUGAGGAGAUUUACGGAGUGGUAGGUAGCCGAUCACUCGUCUUGUCGAAACGAUAGAGGACAGCGAUACCAGGAAAUUGACAGAUAGCAUGCCAGUAGAGGUGACUCCACUGCAGAUGAGGGAACAUGUUGGCUAUGGACCAAGGAGUGGUGGAGGAAUGGCUGUCAGAAUUUAAGACCCUCCCUGACAGUGCUGUGUCCAACUAUGCCGCCUCGCUAAAAGAAAAAUGUUCCCUGGUCCCCGCACUCUACAAGGUCAUCCGGGAGAACUACAGCGAUUUGCUGGAGCCAGUGUGUCACCAGUUGUUUGAAUUUUACCGGAGCGGUGAGCCGCAGCUGCAGCGUUUCACGCUACAGUUCCUGCCAGAGCUCCUGUGGAGCCUCUUGUCCGCCAGUGCAGCCAGAGACCCCCACGCCUCCGGCUGCAUUGAGGCCCUGCUGCUGGGCAUUUACAACCUGGAAAUAGUUGAUAAAGAUGGACAAAGUAAAAUAUUAUCAUUUACCGUCCCUUCCCUCUCCAAACCCUCAGUGUACCAUGAGCCUUCAGCCAUCGGCUCCAUUGCCCUUACAGAAGGGGCUCUAGCCAAUCAUGGGCUAAGCAGGGUGGUGUACAGCGGGCCACACCUCCAGAGAGAGACCUUCACAGCACAGAACAGAUUUGAGGUGCUGACCUUCCUACUGCUGUGCUACAACGCUGCUCUCAGCUACAUGACCGCCACCUCCCUCCAGUCCCUUUGUCAGUUCAGCUCCAGGGUGUGUAUAUGCGGUUACCCACGGCAACAGAUGCGGCGCUACAAAGGCAUUAGCACACGGCUGACAGUCACGUCAGAGUUCCUGGUUCAGCUCAUCACAGGGAUACACUACGCCUUGUGUAAUGGGGAAGUUGAACUUGGAUCCAAAGCACUGGACGACGUUCUGUACCGGGCCCAGCUAGAGUUGUUCCCUGAAGCCCUGUUGGUGGGUAAUGCCAUUAAGUCGUCACUGCACGGUGCAGCACUGAAGAGCAACAACAAGGAGGGCGCACGGAGCAUCCAGGUGGAGAUCACACCCACUUCUUCCAGGAUCUCCCGAAAUGCUGUCACCUCACUCUCCAUCAGGGGCCACCGCUGGAAGAGACACGACGCAGUGGAUCUGGGUUCCCCGGAUGAGCUGAUGGAUAUUUCGGAGGUGGAUGAAGGGAUGUGGCCAGGUGGGGUGGGGCCUGACAUGACCCCACCCACCAUCACUAUCAGCAACAGCGUCACCACAUUGAACCUGGGGGCCAAGGCCAUGAAGAUGUGUCGGCUCGGCGGGCGCACCAGCAAGGACAAGGACAAGGAGGCGAGCCUUCUAACAACGGGCCGGGCCGCCAGCGAGAACACAGAGCUGUCUGUCAAGCGACUGACGCUUACUUCUAGCCAAUCGGUUCCCAAGGCAGGAGCUCUCACCAGUUUGACGCGCACCGCCAGCGCCGUCUUCUCCCGCUCCUUUGAGCAGGUUGUCAGCGGCAACGCCCCUCCCUCCAGCAACCACACUGCCUCCGAAGCUGGCCGCUAUUCAUGCAGCCUGCAGGAGGAAGGGCUGGGGUACUUGAGUCCAGCACCAAACCACACUCGGCGCUCUCCCAGCAUUAGCGUGCACCUUGGCUCUGACCUUUGAACCCUUGUGACUCCUGACUACCUGAACCCUCGCCUCUGAUCCUGUGACCCUGUACCUGUGACCUGGAACUCCAAGCCAUGCCAACUGCAACGGACCACAAACACAUGAACAAACAACUCCCGCUGGUUCCCUCUUCACUCCAUUUUAACAGCUUUGGUUCUCUGUGCUGUGAAUCAGCCUGCUACCUACCCUCCUCCAUUCAGACAUACAGAGUUACUUCUGCUCUCUCUGCAACUUUCCAGAGUCUCCUCUGGGCCUGAUAGGGGGCGGGAUGUCAGGGAUACCACUUCUGUCUUCAACGAUUAGUAGUGCACUGUUGCAGAGAAGUCGCACCAGGACAAAACGGUAACUCCAUCGCAGAGCAGCCCGUCGUAAAUAGGUGCUCAUGGGAAAGUAUUGGGAAAGUAUUUUAAUUGGCAUUUGUUGCCCUGCAUGGCUUUUCCAUACAUCCAUCCUGACCAUGCUCUGAUUUGUCAAAGGUGAAAUGUUGAGUAUGUAUGUGUGUGUGUGUGUGUGUGUGUGUGUGUGUGUGUGUGAAAUUGUUUUUAGAAUAAAGGCUGCUUAUUGAUACAAUGAACAAUUAUAUGAUUCUCCAAGUUGAAACAAGUGUCUAUACUACAUUUUAAAAUAUAAUAGAUCCUUUCCCAUAGCAAUACAGAUUUCUCCUAUUCUGUGUUUUCCAUCUUUGGGAAGAUUACCCAAGCUCCCAUCGUUCACACUAGUUACAGCUGUGCUUAUCGAAAGAAAAAUCUGCAUUCUUUCCCUUGAAACAUCAGGGAAAACGACCACACAAUAAUCACCCAGUAUGAAGAAUCGGUUCUUUAUGUUUACAAUUGCACUGCGUUGUUAUGAUGGAGAAGCAAUAUUUGUGUCCUUCCCUCUCGCUCCUCUAGCACUUUCCUGAAUUUCUGUGUGUUUGAUGGCAAAAAAUAAAAAUCCAGUCCUCAUUAUGAGGAUGAUUAAGGUUUUGGGGACAGUGGGUGUGUAUGAUUUUAAUUACUGAAUUUUGCACUUGAACGAGCAAACAAGUUGGUUUUCAACUUUGGUAUUUUCUUAUGAUCAACAAGAGAGGUUUGACUCUCAACUGUGGUAUUGUCCUGUGAGAGAGCGAUUCUUUGUUGCCCCGUACGGAUUUCUACGCGUCUUGCAUCUAGCCAGUGAUCCAAAACCACACAGACUGGAAGUCCACUUACUUGCACAGAUGUAAAAGAAUCCGAUACCAUCGACCUGCAAUGGGAAGGCGAGCGGGGGCAACAAGGCAUCUUCUCUCUCUUUUGAUCCCCCCACCAUUCCAGCUGUUUAGUAGUACUUUGGUGAUGUGUUUCCUGUGUUCCUUCUUAUUCACAUCUUCAUCAUCCUCAUCAUCACAUCACAAGACAUGGUGAUAGUCUCUUGUACCAAAAAAAGGAAUUAAACUCCACCCAUCUGCUACAUUUGAUGUCCUAAAUCCAGCCUUCAUGCUGCCCCACCCUCAAGCAAAAGUGUGUUAAGUUGUCUGUGUACUAGAGCUGCCCAGUGUCCAUUGCUUGGUGGGACAAUAACAAUCAUCGUGUUUCUGUAUGUGGGUUUACAGAAUGUGAAAGGGUAAGCUCUUGUUGUACAUCAUACUGUUGUACUAAAGUUGGUUUAUAUUGGCCUUUCUAUGUCUGAAGAUAACUCACUCUUACAACUUCUGGGAAUAAAGUGUUUCUAUAUUUCA